AUGUCUCAAAGAGAUGCCAUAUCAGACAUUGUAUCCUGCUUCUAUGAAAAGAUCACCCAUCUCCAAUACUUGAAUAUCGAAAAUACUGAUGAAUAUGAUUUUGUUUACCGAUUACUGAUGUCCAUGCUAAAAUCUUACUUGUCAAUAAUGGACUCGUGGAUAUACGAAGGAGUAAUUCAAGACAAAUUCCAAGAAUUUAUGAUAUCGAAGAACGACAAUUUAAACAUCGAAACACCUCUAUUUUGGACGGAAGGAUUUACUCAAUUUAAAAUUCCAAACAUAUUUUCGAACAUUAAGGAUAAAAUUAUUAGCAUUGGUAAAUCUAUUAUUUUGAUGAAAGACAUUGAAAUCAAGCACGAAAUUACUUUGGAUACAAGCUCACUGGGAGACUACAUGUUGGAUAAAGAGAAGCCUUCCCUUUAUAGAUUUUUAGAAACAGCCUUAGAACGUGAUUCUAGAAACAGUAUUAAAGGUGUAGAAAACCAAUUAGACGUUCAGACAUGUGAAGUUUCCAAAAUAGGAGCAUCUCCAAAAGCAUUGACACUACUAAGAUCGAGCAGCAACCUCCUGAAAAACAGUAAUAUCAUCGAAGACUCAAAAACAGAAGAGUUAUUGUCUCCAAUUUCAGAAGCAAUUCCGAUUGGCUCAAUCCACUUUAUGAGAUCACCCCCAAAGAAAAAACGAAUGUUAUCAAUUCUAGAAACUGAGGAUUUGUACAGCAAUACAAUCUCUGACCCAACUGAAAAGGCUGAUUCAAAGGACAAUUCAUUCUUCCAGCUCACACUUGGUUUACAGAAGUCAGACACUCAAACAAGUAAUAUUUUCAAUUUGUUAAAGAAAAAGAGCUUAUCAG